UAUGAUUAAGGCGGAUUAGAUAGUACCCUAUUCUGCACUAUAUAUUGAUAUGUAGUACAGACAUCUCUUCAACACAUUGUGGUCAUACUUAAAACCAAUUGAUUAAGAUAAGUAUAUUCAAUAAGUAAAGAGAUAAUCUAAAUUUCUUAGAUAGAAGAAAUUUGGCUUGGAGGAUUGAAAAAUUAAAAAAUACUAGUUACUCUAUGUGUUAGAGCUUCAACAGAUUUAGUAUUACAAGUAAAGACCAUUUUCAUUAUAAAAGGCUUUAAAUUGGCCACCAGGUUCUGAAGUUAUAAUUACAGGAAUAAACAUACCAGAUAUGGUUUAAGUGUUAAGAUUAAAUGGUCUAAUACCUGUACCUAUUGAAGUAGAUCCUCAUACUUUAGGAUGCACUCUUGAUCAAUUUAAACAAUUUUACACAGAAAAGGUAUUUUUCAAUCAUAUAAUUAGACAAAAGGAAUAAUGAUUUCAUAUGUGUUUGGAGCUAAAUUUGAUGCAUCAGAUAUUAUUGAUUGGGCAAAAUCAAAAGGAUUGUUUAUAAUGGAAGAUGAAGCAGAAAGUUUUAGUGCACCUAAUGCUAAAUGUAAAAUCAACUAUAUAAUAUAUAGUAAAUCCUAAUGUGGAUUUUUCCACUUUUAGUUUUGGUUCCAUAAAAACUUGUUCUGCUUUUGGUGGCUCUAUAAGUGUCAUUAGAAAUAAUGAAGCUCUUUAUAGAAAGAUGAAAGCCAUUCAAGAAACCUAUCCUAAAUGGUCAUAAAGAAAGUAAUAUUUAAAUAAAAUAACUUAGUUAUUUCAAGAGAACUUUAAAAAAUUUAAUCCCAAUGAUUUUAUUAAAUAGCAGAACAAUAAAUAGGAGUUCUAGAUGGAUUUUUAUUAAUUUCUUUCCAAAUUGGGAUUACAAAGAAUUUGUGGUCAAUAGUAUUAGAGGAUUUCAAAAAAAUCCAGAUGAUAUUCUAUAAACUUAUCGAUUUAGAGUUCCUGAUCCUAUGAUGGUUAUGUUGGCUUUGAGAAUGAAAACUUUUGAUACUGAUUAAUUCAAUAUAUCUAUUUCUCGAUAAUUGGUUGGUCAGAGUAUUUUAAAGAAGGGUGGCUUACUUGUACCAGGACAUGCAGUGGAAGAUAGAAAAUUUUGGUAAAAUAUUUAAAGUUAAUGUUAUGUAAGGCUUUAUCCGGUAGUUGUUCCAGAUCCUGAAACCACCUAUAAGGUUUUAAAUUCAAGGGGAAUUGAUGCCUAUAUGGGAGUGACAUAAUUAGAUAUUGUAGAAAGCCCUAUUGGAAGUUCCUAUUAAUAUCCAAACAGUACUUUAGCAUAUUUUAAAAAUGUAAAUUGAUUUUAGUUGAUAUCUAUCAGAUUCUGUAUCUACCGAUUCAUCAGAAUGCAGAUUUGAAAUCAAUUUAGCGUAUUUGUAAAGAAGUUAUUGAGGUUGUGGAGAUGUUGAAGAGUCAGCACCCAAAAUUAUGA